AUUGACGUUCAGUUACGAGGACGAAGACGAAAAUGCGUACUCAUCGAACUCCAUCAGUGUUCAUGGCUACCAGUGCGCCGGACUCCUCCAGUUCCUCCCGCCGUAGCUCCUCUGAACAUCCUAACACCACCACAACCAGCAACGACACCGGUGCACGCUCCACAAAGAGAAUGAUUACCGAUGACUUGAGCAACCAACGCCGUGUUUCUUCUCCACCUGGAUACGCGUAUUUCCUCUGCAUGGGUGUCGUGUUCACAAUCGUAAUCUGUCUAUAUUUCGCCUUCGGUGGUCCAUCGUACUACACCAAGAUCGUUUCAGCUGACCCGUCACCAAUUAUCCUCGACACCAGGCACUUUCGGACCACCACUUUUUUUCCCAGGAGACGGAUGCAACUAACACGAAGGGGACGCCGUCUCAGCGAGAAUUACUUGGGACUACCUAACAGCGUGACCACAACUCCUCGGAUGCUAGCGGGCGCAGCCUGGACAGACAACGUACGCAAGACGAAUCAAAGUACCGCCCGGCCGAGACCCACUCGAAUUGUCAGCACCGUAACAAGGGCACGGAUCGUAGGAAUGUCCUCAGCGAGCACCGUUACCUCUUCGAGAAUUUCAAGAGCACAUGUACCCUCAACAGAAAUUUAUGGACUGAGGAGAUCAGCCCAUGGCGGCUCUCGAGACCCUCCACAAUACAGUGUCGUUUGCCAAUUCAAUCAUACCAGCUAUAAGCGCAAAAAACCCAUGGCUUUUCGUGCUGAAGACGUACCAUUGCGAUAUUGUAGUCACGUUGUUUACUCUUCAGUGCAGAUUGAAGCGGAUCUGUCACUCUCCUCGAUUGGCAACAAAAGUCUGAACGAAACUGCAAUGAAAAUGAGACAUCCUCACACGUCCAUUCUCACAGCAAUAGGAGCGCGUCACUCCAGAGCAGAUGUCAUUAAUCGAAUGUGCACAACAAGAGGACAUAUCUUCAGUUUUGCGGCGACGCUUGACAAAUGGUUACGGCAGCGGUCAUACGACGGAAUUUUGCUGGACUUUCGGUACAACUCCGAAGGCAGCAUCAAGGACUGCAUGACUUCGUUAAUGGCAGCCAUACGGCACAAAAUACGGCGUAAUGUUUCAUUGUGGCUCGCCCUCUCGGCGGACGACGAUAAGAUCGAACGCCAAUUCGAUUUCCACAACCUUGCUCGUUACGUCGACAUGUUCUUCGUUCUUCCAGACAUGAAAGAGGGUGGCCCAAGAAGUAUUCAUUCAUUUCCAGACGUAAUCAGUGCCGUUAGCCGACUGCAACGUAGUUUACAGAAGGAAGAAUCGAUUAUGGCGCAGUUCUGCUUUGCUUUGCAUAUUGGAGGCAGGUCAUACACGCUCACUGAUAAGUAUGACGGCAAAGGUCCAACGGUGCCCUUUGGGACUGGUAGUCCUGGUUACUAUACUGACCGUGCUGGUUUGCUGGCUUACUACGAAAUCUGCAGCAAAAACUGGACGCAGGACGUUCGCCACGCGUUUUUCUCCUACGUAGCAGAAGACGAUCAGUGGAUUGAGUACCUUAGUCCUUCUAACAUUGAGAGGACUCUCGAAGUGAUCCUAGGGGACAGGGUGAUGUCUUGUAUUGGAAUAAGUGACGUGUCUUUGGACGACUUCGCAGGCGUGUGCGGCGAAAAGUUUAAGCUUACAAAGACUGUAGCUGGGUCGACGAUAGGCAUAGCACAUGCCGAUAUAUGUUGCUACCCUCUUUGCCUACCGUUCGAUAUGCAUGACAGACGCGCCUUGGUGCCUCCUGCACAACAGAUCUCCCCGAUAUAUGAUUACAAUGUAGGUGACGUCAGUCACCACACCAAUAUGUACGGCAUAAUCCCAAAAAUCGGCAGCUUUCCCCCUGACAUGCAGAACAGGUCGCACUCCGACCGGUACAAAUCAACAGUCUUCCACGCCAUCGUGUGUAUCGGCGCCAUCUUCGUUCUUUUGAUGGUGUACCUGGCUAUAGUCGGUCGUCGUUACUACGGUAUGUCUGACAACGACGUCAAUCGGCCGUACACGGAGUUGAAUGUCGAAGGCGCACCGUACGUCAGCGGUAUGAAUCUACGACCUCCUAAUGCAGCGAACUUGGCCACGGCAGCCUCAGAAUCUACAACGAGACCGUCACAAUCCCCAGAGAACGCCACGACCAACGCAAGUGGAAUGAUAAGUGAAACAUACGUGUACACAUCAUCAGACGUCAGGUCUACCACGGUGCGAGGGAAGAACAGCACGUCAGAGGAGAUAUUUUCGUUCCCCACAGCAAGCGGUCCAACGUCGCACAGUGUGGCGUGCAUAUUCAACCACACAAGUUACAGACGAAGAAAGCCCAUGGCAUUUCGCGUCGGUCACAUCCCUGCGCCGUACUGCAGUCACAUCAUCUAUUACUCAGCCGGAAUAGGGCAAGAUUUUUCUGUAAUUUCCCGCGAUCGAGACUUCGACAUUGUCCAAGAUGGGUUCAACAAGUUCGCGCAUCUCAAGAGGAUCUAUCCACACCUCUCUGUCCUGGUAGCCAUCGGAGGACAACUCUCCGAUUCGAAGCGCCUGAGUGCCAUAUGUCAGUCGCAAGAAACUAUGGCCAUUUUCGCGAUCAACGUGAAAACGUGGCUGUCCCAGUAUGACUACGAUGGUGUCGUCAUACACUGGCAGCACUUCUUGACAUUCUACAAGGCCUAUCUGCAUUCCCUGUUGAAGGUGCUGCGUCAAGCCUUCGGUCCUUAUCAUUCCAUCUGGCUGGCAGUCCCCGACGACCACGAACUUCGUCGGAGGUACUUCAACGUCCCAAGCCUCGCCCCGUUCGUCGACAAGUUCUUCGUGGUUCCGCAAGUAAUGGAAGGCAAGCUUUCUAACAAAACAUUGUUCCCGGACCUACUGAGCGACGUUUUAAACGUGCGACAUAGUUUGGCAGAAAGUGACAGGCAGAACCUCUACAACAAAUUCUGCUUCGGUAUGUACAUCGGAGGCAAAUCGUACACGCUGGUUCACGCUACUGUGAGUGGGGACAACGCUGUCGUAGCUGGACACGGGGAGCCAGGACCGUACACGAGAUCUCCCGGAAUGUUGGCAUAUUACGAGUUCUGCGAUCGGAAGUUUGCCACAACUGUACGCGGGACUCUUGAAUCGCACGUAGCCGAAAGAGACCAGUGGAUCUGCUAUCUAGACGCUGCCAAUAUAGUGAAGGUGCUUUGGGUAGCGCUCUGGAAGCACAGAGCAUCUUGCGUUGGCGUGUGGGACGUCACCCUGGACGAUUUCAGGGGGGUAUGUGGGCAGAGGUUCGUACUUACCCGCGCUGUGGCUGGUUGGAAGGCAUACGACCGAGCUCGAACGUACUCGACCACCGUCGACAUGCCUGCCGAAGUGCAGACACUGAUUCGAGAUACUUCUGACGUAAAUCGUACUCCACCAGGCUGUGGCUGCCUGGUACUCAUGAGCAUGCUCAUCAUAAUCAUGCUGUGUGUAUUCUUGGCUUUUGGCGGCCGUUCGUAUUACUCAAAGAGUAGCACAAGUGAACCAUCGCUAAUUCCGCAUGGCAACAAGUCUCAUUUGGAUGACAGUUCUGACGGCACUACCGACGGGGUACUCUACCUAAGGACCAACGCCAGGGCUGCCACUAGCCUCGUCAGAAGAAACGAGCUGAAACUACGGUCAGCAUCACCGAACCAUAGCAAAACGACAACCAGCUCUAAAACACGUACAUCGACGCCACUCAUCAUAGAGGACCAAAACACAACCAGUGCGGGUGUUACGGGAGCCACUGGAGUUACCACCAAAGACGAGCUCUUGUCCAAGACUUUCUCUACAAUGGGCUAUGCAGUGAAGAGCCAAAACCAAGCGGCACUACCUACUCGAGUUCCACCAUCGUACAGAGUAGUUUGCCGCUACAAUCAUUCCAGCUACAGAAGGAAGUGGCCCAUGACGUUUGGGCCGGAAGACAUCCCGGCUCGGUACUGCAGCCACGUCGUUUGUUCCUCUGCGUACGUAACGUCAGACUACACCCUCGUUUCAGUUGACGACGUGGAGCUGAAUGAAACGGCAAACUGUACCGAACUGAAGCGUAAGCAUCCUCAUAUUUUCAUUCUGAUAGCAAUAGAGCCGGAUACAACUGCGCCUGAUGUCGUCGACAGUAUGUGCAAGGUGAAAGAAGGAAUCGCCGAGUUUGCAAGAAAUGUUCGUUCGUGGUUUGCACGCUCGAAAUGUGACGGAGUUCUCCUAGACUUGAGACAGCGACAUGAAAGAAGUUUAAAGGACCGCUUCACGUCCCUCGUAGCUGCCGUGCGCCAUAAGAUCAGCUCCAACCACUCACUGUGGCUCACCAUUCCAAAUGACGACGGAAACCGGCAACAAUUCUACGAUCUCCACAACCUUGCCAGAUACGUCGACAACUUCUUCAUAUUUUCUCAACCUGGAGACGACGCUCUUGCCAGCAUGCACGCCUUUCCGGUCAUUAUCAAUGACGUCCAUCAAAUGCGACAUAGGUUAGAAAUACAGGCGGAUACUUCGUUCAUAAACAAAUUCUGCUUUGCCCUUUCCGUUGGAGGCACAUCAUACACGCUAAGACGCAGGUACAACUACGGUACCUCCAGGUACAGCGAGCACGUGUGGAUGGAGCCCGCAGGUCCCGGCGGUCCUGGACCGUACACGGACCACGCUGGCUUGUUGGCCUACUACGAGAUUUGUACUAGGAACUGGACAGCGGAAGUGCACCAUGCGUUCUUCUCUUACGUAACGUGGAAAAAUAUGUGGGUGGAAUAUCUCGAUCCGUCGAACAUUGAAAGAAUACUGGAUGCUAUCGUGGGAGGCCGUGAGAUGUCCUGCAUAGGAAUAAGUGAUGUCUCCUUGGACGACUUCAGAGGGGUGUGCGGAGAAGAAUUCGCACUUACGAAAGCAGUUGCGGGAUGGAGGCGCUACGUUGCAGAUACGGGCACACAGUAGGGGAUAUACAACUGGGGGAGAAGAAAUCGUUCCGAAUGCGAAUGCUUACGGAUGCUCAUGUAGAUACUACUUAUAUGGUGUGCUCUUAGGAACACAAUGGUAGAAUUUGUUUUGUUUUGUUUUUAUUCCUUUCAGAUAUAUCUGUUUUGUCCAUGUUUGUAAUGGCCAGAAGGUGAACACUGCUUCCGUAUAAAAACGUAAAAACCGU